AUGACACUCCUAGGCUUCUACUUACUUUCGACGUUGUUCAUGGGCUUCUUGGCCACCCAACCGAUCAUGGCGAUGGCCAGUGGUGGCGGUGGCGCGUCCUCAAUGGCAGCACUGAAGAAAUACAAUGCCAUGUUCACCUUCGGCGACUCAAUGGAAGAGACCGGCAACAUAUGCGCAACCAGCAGCAACAAGACGGAGCUCGACGUACUCACCUGCACCCACCCUCCGUACGGCCAGACUUACUUCGGAAGGCCGUCUUGCCGGUGGUGCGACGGCCGCGUUGUCGUUGACUUCAUCGCACAAGCACUUGGGCUGCCAUUACUCCCACCAUCAAAAGCAAAAGAUAAAGAUUUCCGGCGCGGCGUGAGCAUGGCCAUAACCGGCGGCACGGCCAUGAACUUCUCCUUCUACAAAUCUCUGGGCAUCGAAGAUCCGGUGUGGAACCAUGGAUCACUAGACACGCAGAUCCAGUGGUUUAAAGAGUUGAUGCCCUCUAUUUGCGGGACAGAACAAUGUUGCAAAGGAUUCCUGGGGAAAUCGCUGUUUAUGUUCGGUGGAUACGGAGGAAACGACUACAACGUCCAGCUGCUUGAAGUUGGCCUGACACCACAGCAGGCAAUGAAGCACACCCCAAAGAUUGUCAACGCCAUCGCUAACGGCGUCGAGAAACUGAUCGCGCUGGGCGCCGUCCACAUCGUCGUUCCGGGCAUCUUCCCCACGGGCUGCCUCCCGAUCUUCCUGUCCCUCUUCGGCGACGCUGCCAGCAAAGCCGACUUCGACCAGACCGGCUGCCUCAAGCCCUACAACCGCCUGACCGACUACCACAACACGCUGCUCCGGACACAGGUCGAAGCCCUUCAACGGAAGCACUACAACUCGACGAGGCUCAUGUACGCCGACUACUCUGGGCUCAUGUACCGGGUCGUUCAGGAGCCUGAGAAGUUUGGGUUUAGCUCUCCCCUGGAGGCGUGCUGCGGCGCGGGAGGGGGGAAGUACAACUUCGACGUCACCGCGAGGUGCGGCAUGGAAGGGGCGACCGUCGCCUGCGACGAUCCAUCGGCGCGGCUGAGCUGGGAUGGCAUCCACCCGACGGAGGAGCUUAACAAGCUGAUCGCCGGCGCACUGCUCAAGGGCCCCUACUGCACCCCUCCAAUCCUCGGCUGA